CGCAGCUCAAGAAUAGUCUCCUCACCUAUAGAUUAAUUUAGGCGUAGAAUAACCUACCAACGUUCGUGAGGAGCAACACACUAGACCACAAGAUUGUAACGGAUAUUCUUACUAUUUAUUUGUUUCGUGUUUUUAGUGUUCUCCGCUGCUGUUUUGCCUUGUCCAGUCAGACACGUAUAGAAAUAUAUAUAUUUUUUCUCUAUAGUAGCCAGAUAUCUGAGAUGGAAUUGAGAUGUUGCGCCUUGAUUAUGAACAGUGUUCUUGCAGCUCUUUGUAUUGCCGUGUCCGGGGUGAACGCCUUAGCGGCGAACAGACAGUACCUGAACGAGUGGGCUGUGGAGAUCCCCGGGGGUGUCGAUGCUGCCAGCUUAAUCGCCAGAGAGCUCGACUACGAACUAAUCAGACAGAUUGGGGCGCUGGAAAAUCUAUAUUUGUUCAAACACCGGAGUCAUCCUAGCAGGGCCAAAAGAAGUGCCGACCAUAUAACAAAGAGGCUCGCCGAAGACGACCGGGUGACCUGGGCAGAGCAGCAGUAUGAGAAGAGGCGGGCCAAGCGAGCGCCUCUGGGUCAGGAGUGUACGAGCUGCUCGGCGGAUAAGCUCUUCAGCGACCCCAUGUGGAACCAGCAGUGGUACCUGCAAGACACGCGUACCUCUCCUUCCCUGCCCAAGCUUGACCUGCACGUGAUUCCCGUGUGGAAGAAGGGCAUCACGGGGAAGGGCGUGGUCAUCACCGUGCUGGACGACGGGCUGGAGUGGAAUCACACCGACAUCUACCCCAACUACGAUCCAGCAGCAAGCUAUGACUUCAAUGACAAUGACCCCGACCCCUUCCCUCGCUACGACUCCACCAAUGAAAAUAAGCAUGGUACUAGAUGUGCUGGGGAAAUUGCCAUGCAGGCUGACAACAACAAAUGUGGAGUCGGGAUCGCAUACAAUUCCAAGGUUGGAGGGAUCCGGAUGCUGGACGGAAUCGUGACGGACGCCAUCGAGGCCAGUUCCAUCGGCUUCAACCCCAACCACGUGCACAUCUACAGCGCCAGCUGGGGCCCCAAUGAUGACGGCAAGACCGUCGAGGGGCCCGGCCGGCUCGCCCAGAAGGCCUUUGAGUACGGCAUCCAGAAGGGCCGAAAUGGGAAGGGGUCCAUCUUUGUGUGGGCCUCUGGUAACGGCGGUCGCCAGGGCGAUAACUGUGACUGCGACGGCUACACUGACAGCAUCUUCACCAUCUCCAUCAGCAGCGCCUCCCAGCAGGGCCUGUCGCCGUGGUACGCCGAGAAGUGCUCGUCCACCCUGGCCACCGCCUACAGCAGCGGAGACUACACCGACCAGAGGAUCACGAGCGCUGAUUUGCACAACGAGUGCACGGAGACGCACACGGGCACGUCUGCCUCCGCCCCGCUGGCUGCUGGGAUAUUCGCCCUGGCGCUCGAGCAGAAUCCGGAACUCACCUGGAGAGACCUGCAGCACAUCGUGGUGUGGACAUCGGAGUUCGACCCGCUGGCCAAUAACCCAGGCUGGAAGAGGAACGGGGCCGGCCUCAUGGUCAACAGCAGGUUCGGGUUCGGCCUCCUGAACGCCAAAGCCCUGGUGGACCUGGCCGACCCGGCCACUUGGAAGCACGUGCCGGAGAAGACGCAGUGCAUCGUCAGGGAUGAGACCUUCCAGCCCAGACCCCUGAAGGCAGCUGGCGAGAUCACCAUCGAGAUCCCCUCUAAGGGGUGUGCUGGUCAGGAGAACGCUGUGACCUCACUGGAGCAUGUGCAGCUGGAGGCCAGCAUCGAGUACACCAGGAGAGGAGACCUGCACAUCACACUCACCUCCCCAUCAGGCACCACCACAGUGCUGUUGGCAGAGCGCGAGAGAGACACGUCCACUAACGGCUUCCGAAACUGGGACUUCAUGUCGGUCCACACCUGGGGAGAAGACCCCUCCGGCACCUGGACCCUCAAGAUCACAGACACCUCUGGUCGUAUGGAGAAUGAAGGGCAGAUAGUGAGCUGGAAGUUGAUCCUCCACGGAACCUCCGAGCGUCCGGAUCAUAUGAAGAAGCAGAGGGUCUACACGCCUUACAACGCCGUCCAGAAUGACCGCCGUGGUGUGGAGCACAUGGAGGCCAUGAUGCAGGAAACCCCAACGCUGAAGCCUGUCCAGAAGGCGCCCCCUGCCCCAGAAUCACCUCCCUCUCCCACCCCUGAGAAGAAGUCACCUCCCUCUUCUUCCUCCUCCUCCUCCUCCCCCAACACCUCCUCCUUGGCUCUCCUGCGCCUCCUGCAGUCGGCCUUCAACCGGCAGAGUCCCGCCGUCCCGCCUCAGCCCCCCGCCGCCUCCUCCACCCGCGCCCAGCAGAGGGAGGAAGCGAGGGAGCGCGAGAUACAGAAGGAGAAGGAGAGAGCGAGGGAGAGGGAGAGGGAGAGGGAGCGGAUCCCCGAGCAGAAGUUCUACCAGGCGCUGGAGCGGCUCAAGCAGCAGCGGGAGCCUGAGGAGAGCCUGUACCGCGACUACAGCGAGCGCUUCUACGGCAACCAGCCCUACCGGCACCGCGACGACCGCCUCCUCCAGGCCCUGUACGACAUGCUGACAGACAACUCACAGUGAGGAGGAGGAGCAGGAGG